AAGUCUGUCCCCGCAGCGGACGCGUCACCGCCGAGGGGGCGGACCCGGGGAGGCGUUCGGGGUCACGGCGGCAGCUGCUGCGCCCGCCCUCUCGGCCAGCCAGCCCCCGGCUUCGGCUCUCCAUCUCCGGCUUGGCUUUGCCUUUCUCUCCCGGCUGCAUCCGGACGAAGAUGGCAACCGAUGGGCUGCACGAGAACGAGACGCUGGCGUCGCUGAAGAGCGAGGCCGAGAGCCUCAAGGGCAAACUGGAGGAGGAGCGGGCCAAGCUGCAUGACGUGGAGCUGCACCAGGUGGCAGAGCGGGUGGAAGCCCUGGGCCAGUUUGUCAUGAAGACCAGAAGGACCCUCAAAGGCCAUGGAAACAAAGUCCUCUGCAUGGACUGGUGUAAGGACAAGCGGAGGAUCGUGAGCUCCUCACAGGACGGGAAGGUGAUUGUUUGGGACUCCUUCACGACUAACAAGGAGCAUGCGGUCACCAUGCCCUGCACGUGGGUGAUGGCAUGUGCUUAUGCUCCGUCGGGAUGUGCCAUCGCUUGUGGGGGUCUGGAUAAUAAGUGUUCCGUGUAUCCUCUGACAUUUGACAAAAACGAGAACAUGGCUGCUAAGAAAAAGUCGGUCGCUAUGCACACCAACUACCUGUCAGCCUGCAGCUUCACCAAUUCGGACAUGCAGAUCCUGACAGCCAGUGGUGAUGGGACAUGCGCCCUGUGGGACGUAGAGAGUGGACAGCUGUUGCAGAGUUUCCAUGGGCAUGGGGCUGAUGUCCUCUGCUUGGACCUGGCUCCCUCAGAAACUGGAAACACCUUCGUGUCUGGGAGCUGUGACAAGAAGGCUAUGGUGUGGGACAUGCGCUCUGGCCAGUGCGUGCAAGCCUUUGAAACUCAUGAAUCUGAUGUCAACAGUGUCCGAUACUACCCCAGUGGAGACGCCUUUGCUUCUGGGUCAGAUGAUGCAACGUGUCGCCUCUAUGACCUGCGGGCAGAUAGAGAGGUCGCCAUCUACUCCAAGGAGAGUAUCAUAUUCGGAGCAUCCAGUGUGGACUUCUCCCUCAGUGGUCGCCUGCUCUUUGCUGGAUACAAUGACUAUACCAUCAAUGUCUGGGAUGUUCUUAAGGGCUCCAGGGUCUCCAUCCUGUUUGGACAUGAAAACCGUGUCAGCACCCUUCGAGUUUCUCCUGACGGAACAGCAUUCUGCUCGGGAUCAUGGGAUCACACCCUAAGAGUUUGGGCAUAAUCCUCUCACAGUGUGCGUGAAGAACAUGUGUCCUCCCAUGUAGAUAUGACUUCUAGAGGAGCCCAGGACUUCCCACCGGUUAGCUUAUGGGAGCAACUUCACAGCUCAGCCCUCACUCAGCCCCUCCAGUGUUACCAUGAAAACCGUCCCCUUCCUGGAAAUGUGCUCCUGUGGGUCUUGGCCGUCAACUCUCCCUUCAGAGUCCCUGUUUCAUCUCAAACCCUUUGUAAAAUCUGUUUUUGAAGUUAUUCCAACCAAUAGAAUCCCACACUUAUCAGCAUUUAAAAUGUCCCCCGUUGCUUCCAUGAAUUUGGUCUGUUUUCAGAGCACUUUAAACUCCACCUUUUCUUGGUGUGGACUGUUCUAGAACCUUCCUCUGGACAUGCCAGCUACAUGGACUAUAAGAAUGACUGUUCACUGGUCUGUCAUAGAAGAAAAUUCCAGUUCCAAAUGUGGCUACACAGAACCACUUUUUAAAACCGUUUUUAUGUAAAAAGUAUCUUUUUCUCCCAACCUGUUCAGUUGUAUUUUUAUAGAUGAAAUGUUUUUGUCUGGGAGAGCCUUUAGAAAUGAAGCAGACACAUGCCGAAAACAGGCCAUAUGUUUGACUGUGUGAUGCUCUGAUAGAUGGUGGUCUAGGGUGGGGCAUUCCCCUACACUUGAGGGGAAAACCUGGUUGCCAUUUGUAGCACAAAUGCUACUGAGAACAAACAGAACCUUCUGGCAUGGGAAGACAAGACACUAAAUUGGUUUAAAAACCUACUAGUAGUGUUACCAGAAAUGCCUACGUUAACGUGGGUAUUACCCAUAUAAAUGAUAUCUGAGUGUCCUGCACAGCAGCUGUACUUACACAGACUGAUGGGCAGGUCGUGAAUAAUAAUGUCUUUGCUAUCAAA